AUGGAAGGUAUUGUGUUUCCUCUUCUACUUUGGCCUUAUCACCGAUUUGGGUCUUCGAUUUUGUGCUUCGUUUUUGUCAGAUUACUUCAAUUUCCAUCCUUUCGCAAUUGUUUGUUGGAACCGGAAUAUGGGUUGUUUGCACUAGGUCGUUGUAAUGGUGAGUGUGGCUACAAGCUCCUCAAUUUGGGUAUUUGGGGGUCUAGAAAAGGUAGAGACGUUUUAGUUUGCUCAAUUUAUAUUUUUCGUUCAAACACAACACAUGUUCUGAACUUCCUACAUUUCUUUUGGUCCUUAGAAUCAAGUGAACUACAAUCAGAAGAAAAUAAAGUCUCCAAUGAGAAAAAUAAGAAAAGAAAGCUGAAAACACCAGCCCAACUUAUGUCCUUGGAGAAUUUUUAUAAUGGUAAGAACACUUUUUUGCAUAUAUAUAUAUAUAUUGCACUUUGUGAAGUGGUAAUUUUUGAGGAAUUUCUCUUUUUUUUUUUACUUUUGUUUCCAGAGCACAAAUACCCCACAGAGGAAAUGAAAUUAGAACUUGCUGAGGAGUUAGGAUUGACAGAAAAGCAAAUAUCUGGAUGGUUUUGCCACAGAAGGUUAAAGGAUAAAAGAUUGAUGAAAGACGAAGCUGCAGCUAAUGGAAGACAAGAUCGUUCAAGCGGUGUCAUCCAGGACCGUGGCAGUGGACUUGGGCAAGAUUCUUGUGGAAGCAGUAAACAUGCUGAUUACAGGUAUCUAGAUCCUAAGGAGGUUGAGAGCCACGGCCUCUACAAUCACGAAUUAUCAGUUGCAGACAUGACCCACAGACGAAGGAACCGUUAUCCUGAAAACGUUAGUGGAGUGGAUGACACAUCAUCUGAGAGCAGCUCUUUUUUGCAAGAUAGGGUGUUUGCUCAAGGUCAGGAUCCAUAUGACAUGGAACCUUCUAGACAUCUUACACCAAACGGAGCUCUUCCACCCUUAAAUCCCAAAGGUGCAGUUAAUGUGGGAUACAAACCAUCAGGAUAUUUGAAAGUGAAGGGUGAGAUAGAACAUGCUGCUAUAACUGCUGUUAAGAAGCAAUUAGGAAGGCAUUAUGAGGAAGAUGGCCCACUACUUGGUAUUGAAUUUGAUCCGCUUCCUCCUGGGGCCUUUGAAUGCCAAACUGAAGAUCCAGCUAAUGAACCAUACUGUGUUGCAAAUCCUCCGCAUCUGAAUUCUCCAGAAAUCUCUGCUGCAAAAAAGCCCAAUCUCAGCUCUAGAUAUGAUUCGUAUUAUACUAAAUUUAAUUCCCAAGAUUUGCAUAUGGAAGGAGCUGACUUUGGCUCCUUGCAUGAAUCUGAUUUCCAGGAUAAACAAGACAAGAAAGCCCGCCAGAAUAUAAAACAAAGGAAACCUUUGUAUGGUUAUACCACUCAUGUUUCUGGAAGGAACCCUUUCCCAGAUUUGUAUGAAGACUCUACUGGAGAAGCAUCCGGUUAUAACAGUGCCAAGAAUCAUAGAAUGAGCACUAAGUAUGGUUUUGAGGGAAUGCGAUCUGAUUCUGCUUCUAACCAUAGUGAUCACUUGGAAGAAAAGCUUGCAGUUAAGCAGAAAGACUUGAUGCUGCAUGGUUAUGAUAACAUCAAUCCAAAGAAAAUACAAAGGAAUGGACAUGUAAAAUCUAAACCUUCUAGUUCAAUCCGCAAUUCCCGUGUUCCUAUGGAUACUGAAGAAAGGGGUUUAUCGGCUAGGAUGGCGAAGGAAGAGAUGUUUAAGGUGAACCAGAAAGCCAGAAAUACAUACCGUGAUGUAGAUGGAGUAGGGAUGCUCUCAAAUGAAAUCAUGGUUGCGAAGCGAGGUAAAGUUGACAUGCUUCAACAAUACAAUGUGAAACCAUCACCUGUUGCUGAGAUGGAACAAAGGAAAAUUCAUAGAUCUGGUGCAGAGAUGCCUUCUAGUUUUAGUGAGGAUGAAACUGCUGAAACCAGUUCCUCACUGGAUUAUUAA